UGCGUUACUAUUUGCGACGCGUCUAACCAGUGGCCAAACCACGACAUAUCGACACUAAAACUGUUGCAAAUAGUGCACCGACACGGAGACCGUACGGCCAAAGACUUUGCGCCUAACGAUCCGUUUGAUUCCGAAGUGUUUUGGCCCGAAGGCGACGGAAAGCUAACCACUGCUGGAAAAUAUCGUAUGUAUAAAAUGGGAGAAUUCUUGCGACAAGAAUACGGCCCCUAUUUUGGCGAUCAAUACUCGCCCCGAGAGGUGUACGCCCGGAGCGCAGCCGCUGAUCGGUGUCUGGAAAGUGUGGCCAAUCUGUUGGCCGGCGCUUACCCUCCAAAACAGACUCAAUGGCAGUGGAAUAAGGGAUCGGACGCCUCGUUGGGCCGACUCUGGCAACCGAUUCCUAUCAAUACUGUUUUAGAUAAGAAAGAGGAUCGUCUUCUCGAUGAUAAAUACGAUUGUCCGGCAGUGGAUAAGGAAUUGGAAAAGAUAUACAACACGAAUGUUAUUAGAAAGUUUUUGGAGGAAAAUAAACAAUUGUAUAAAAAAUUAAGUGAAAUUGUCGGCCAAGAGAUAAAAGACAUAUCGACCGCAACUCAAUUGUAUGAGAUAUUGAAGAUAGAGUUGGAGCACAACUACUACUGGAAUACCAGUGAGUGGUCGGUAGAGGAGGAAAAACAAAUGGUCGACCAGUUAUCACAUUCACAACUCAUGCAAAUGCGUUACGAAUGGGACAGUCCUAUCAUUAGGCGUCUUAAAUCCGGAGCAUUAAUACAAGAAUUGAAUACAAAUUUUAACAAAGUAUUGAAAAAUAAGAAAAAGAAUCUUAAACUCUAUGUCUAUUCCACACACCAUUCAGAAGUGGGAGGACUAAUGCAUGCCUACAAUGUAUACAACAAUCUCGAUCUACCCUAUGGUACGGCUGUACUCUUAGAGUUACAUCAAAAUCCGAGUAAAGACUAU